AGAACCACCAGCAACCUCUCUGCUUUCCUCUAGGAGAACACACACAACUGAAGACAAGGAGGAGCCCCGGUGCCCAGACCUCUCCCCCCCGGGCAGUGCUGGGACCACUGGAUCAUCACACAGGCGAGACAAGGAUAGUCAGAGAAGGAGAAUGGGAAAUGCCAGCUCCAGGCAACAGGCGGCUCAGUCUGAGGCCCCUUCACACCCCACACAAGAAGAGCUCAACAAACUGAAGUCCGACUUCGAAACGGGAGGAGUGGAAAAGGUUAAAUCUCUGCUGGAGAAGAAGUUGAAAGAACUGGACGACACCGAGCUGAACAUCGCCGUGACGGGAGAGUCGGGUGCAGGAAAAUCCAGCUUCAUCAACUCCAUGAGAGGGCUUCUUAAAAAAGAUAAGGGAGCGGCUGCGGUUGGGACCACGGAAACUACAAUGGAGCCAACCGGAUACUCACAUCCCACUCUGCCCAAUGUCCGCUACUGGGACCUGCCGGGGACCGAAACUACACGAUUCACCGCGGGUUCCUACCUGAAGGAAAUGCAAUUUGAAAAAUACGAUUUCUUCAUCAUAGUGUCAUCUGGUCGAUUCAGAGAGAAUGAUGCAAAUCUUGCCAAGGAGAUUAAGCGGCUAAGGAAGAAGUUCUAUUUUGUCCGCUCUAAGAUUGACACUGACCUUUAUUCAAUGAAGCUGGAAGGGGGGGAAUUUGAUGAAGAAGCAGAAAUGAAAACGAUCCGGAGUGACUGCGUCAGUAAAUUGGAAAAUGCCGGGAUCCCCGAUACCACCGUGUUCCUGAUAUCCAGUUUCAAGAAGAAUAUGUAUGAUUUCCCUCCGUUAAUGAAAGCACUUGCAAUUGGUUUACCAAAUAUGAAGGAAUCUGUCUUUGUCCUGUCCCUUCCCAACGAUAGUGUGGAGAUUAUUUGGAAGAAACAUGAGGUGUUGAAGAGACGGGUCUGGAUGUUGGCGACCAUCGCGGCAGGAGUGGGAGCGAUCCCGGUCCCGGGUCUCUCUGCCGCCUGUGACGUUGGGAUAUUGAUUGGAGCCAUAAACAAUUUCCGUGAAUACCUGUGUCUGGAUGCUGCUGGUCUCCACAGAUUGGCCGAGAGAAAAGGCACAUCCGUGGAAGUGCUGAAAACCAAAGCAGGAUCACACCUGCUGGGAGAAAUAACUGAACUUGUAAUAGUAAAAACGCUGCGAUUUGGUGCGGCCCUCGCUGCUGUUUCAACCGUGGAAGCCGGUCUUUACUUUGUCCCAUUCAUUGGUUCCCUGUUUGGUGCAGCGUCAUCAUUUGCUAUGACCUACGCGAUACUGAAUGAUGCGCUGAACCAUCUGGUGGAGACCGCUGAUAAGUUGCUCGCUAUAACUAAUGGCGUCGAGUUAAUCUUCACCAAGGUGAAGGAGUGGAGAUACAUCGGCAAGAAGACCAACUCUCUACACAUCCACGGACAAAGAGGAGCUCUGAUCACCGACCUCACCUCAGCACAGCGCCGGGAUCACUGGAUCAUCACACAGGCCGGCAGCGAGACACAGAGAUCAGAAAUGGGAGGAAGCAGUUCCAGCCAACAGGCGGCUCAGUCUGAGACCCCCACAUUCUUCACACAGGAAGAGCUCAGCAAACUGAAGUCCGACUUUGAAACGGGAGGUGUGGAAAAGGUUCAACCUUUGAUACAGAAUAAGAUCAAAGAACUGGACAACACUGAGCUGAACAUCGCCGUGACGGGAGAGACGGGUACAGGAAAAUCCACCCUCAUCAACGCCAUGAGAGGGCUUCGUAGCGAAGAUGAGGGAGCGGCUGCGGUUGGGACCACGGAAACUACAAAGGUGCCCACCGGAUACCCACAUCCCACUCUGCCCAAUGUCCGCUACUGGGACCUGCCGGGGACCGGAUCCCCACAAUUCACCGCGGGUUCCUACCUGAGGAAAAUGCAAUUUAAAAAAUAUGAUUUCUUCAUCAUAGUGUCAGCUGGUCGAUUCAAAGAGAAUGAUGCAAAACUUGCCACGGAGAUUAAGCGGCUGGGGAAGAAGUUCUAUUUUGUCCGCUCUAAGAUUGACGCUGACCUUUAUGCUGUGCGGAAGGAACGGAAGACAUUUGAUGAAAACAAGGAAUUGGAAAAGAUCCGGAGUGACUGCGUCAGUACGUUGGGGAAUGUCGGGAUCCCUGAUCCCACCGUAUUCCUGAUAUCCAGUUUUAAACAGGAUCAGUAUGAUUUUGCUGAGUUAAAUGAAGCACUGGAAGGUGAUUUACCAAACAUAAAGAAAAGGAUCUUUGUCUUGGCCCUUCCCAACCUCAGCGUGGAGAUUGUUCAGAAGAAAAGUGAGUUGCUGAAGAAGGGGAUCUGGGCAUUGGCGACCAUCUCGGGAUUAGUUGGGGCCAUCCCAGUCCCUGGAGUCUCUCUCGCUUGUGACAUUGGGAUAUUGAUUGGAGCAAUCGUCCAGUUCCGGAAAUGCCUGGGUCUUGAUGAUGCUUCUCUUCAUCGACUGGCCAACAGAACAGGUAAAUCCGUGGAAGAGCUGAAAGCCGCGGCUAAAAGUCCCCUGCUGGGAGAAAUAACUCCAGAUGUCAUUACGAGGGUAGGUUGGGGAGUCGCGGCUGUUACUGUGUCAGCCCUGGAACUAGCUCUCGACAUUGUCCCAGUCAUUGGCUCCAUUUUUGGAGCAGGUUCAUCAUUCCUCAUGACCUUCAAGAUCCUGAGAGAUGUGCUGAAGGAUCUGACAGAGAGUGCGGAGAGGGUGGUGAGGGUAGCGUUUGAAACUUGAACAUAGAAGGGGACAGCACAGGAAUGGGCCCUUCGAAUAAUGCCAACGUUACGCCAAGUUCAACUGAUCUCAUUUGUCAGUACAUGAUCCAUGUCUCUCUACUGUCUGCACAUCCAGGUGCCUAUCCAAAGGCCCUUUAAAUGCCACCAUCAAACAUGAUUUACGUCUUUCAAUUAAUCGAGUUCCUUUUAUGUUGUAGUCAUAGAUACAUAGAAUAUAGGUGUGGGAGUAGGCCAUUCGGCCCUUUGAGCCAGCACCGCCAUGCAUGGAAACAAAGAAACAUAGGAAAUAGGUGCAGGAGGAGGCCUUUUGACCCUUCAAGCAAGCACCACUAUUCAUGAUGAUCAUGGCUGAUCAUCCACAAUCAGUAACCCGUGCCUGCCUUCUCCACAUUCCCCUUGAUUCCACGAGCCCCAAGAGCUCUAUCUAACUCUUUUAAAUUCCUCCAGUGUAUUGGCUUCCACUGCCUUCUGUGGCAGCGAAUUCCACAAAUUCACAACUCUCUGGGUGAAAACGUUUUUUCUCCUCUCAGUUUUAAAUGGUCUCCCCUUUAUCCCCUGGUUCUGGGCUCCCCCAACAUUGGGAACAUUUUUCCUGCAUCUAGCUUGUCCAGUCCGUUUAUAAUUGUAUAUGUUUCUAUAAGAUCCCCUCUCAGUUUUCUAAACUCCAGUGAAUACAAGCGCAGUCUUUCCAAUCUUUCCUCAUAUGACAGUCCUGCCAUCCCGGAUAUUAACCUCGAGAACUUACUCUGCACUCCCUUAAGAGCAAGAAUGUCCUCCCUCAAAUUAGGAGACCAAAAUUGCACACGAUACGCCAGGUGUGGUCUCUCAAGGGCCCUGUACAACUGCAGUAGGAUCUCCUUGCUCCUAAACCAAAUCCUCACACAAUGAAGGCCAACAUGCCAGUAGCUUUCUUCUCUGCCUGCUGUACCUGCAUGCUUACUUUCAAUAGAUUGAAAGAAGUCAAUAGAUUGAAGAAGUCUAAUGCCAAAUCUUGCUGGAUAAAUACAAGAGUGAUAGUAUAUUUAUGAUGACCAGGAACCACCAGUGAGAUGUACAGGUGGUACUUCCAGAAAUUCAGAAGCUCUGUAACAAUCAAGGUGAAAUGUUAUUCAGCAUGGGCCUAUAGAAGGCACAGUUUUGUGAACUUUCAGUGUAGAGAUACAGCAUGGAAACAGGUCCCUCAGCCCACCAACUCCACCCCGACCAUUGAUCACAGUUUCACACUAGAUCGACUUUACCGCACUCUCUCAUCCACUCACUCCACACUAGAGGAUAUUUUACAGAGGCCAAUUAACCUACAAUCCUACACGUCUUUAUGGGUAGAAACCUGAGCACCCGGAGAAAACCCACAUGGUCACAUGAAAACCAUGCAAACUUCACACAGGCUGCACCUACCUGUUAUAUAUAGAAACAUAGAACAUAGGUGCAGGAGUAGGCCAUUCGGCCCUUCAAGCCUACACCGCCAUUCAAUAUGAUCAUAGCUGAUCAUCCAACUCAGUAUCCCGUACCUGCCUUCUCUCCAUACCCCCUGAUCCCUUUAGCCACAAUGGCCACAUCUAACUCCCUCUUAAAUACAGCCAAUGAACUGGCCUCAACUACCUUCUGUGGCAGAGAAUUCCAGAGAUGCACCACUCUCUGUGUGAAAAAUGUUCUUCUCAUCUCGGUCCUAAAAGAUUUCCCCCUUAUCCUUAAACUGUGACCCCUUGUUCUGGACUUCCCCAACAUCGGGAACAAUCUUUCUGCAUCUAGCCUGUCCAACCCCUGAAGAAUUUUGUAAGCUUCUAUAAAAUCCCCCCUCAAUCUUCUAAAUUCUAGCGAGUACAAGCCGAGUCUAUCCAGUCUUUCUUCAUAUGAAAGUGCUGCCAUCCGCCAUUGCAAGGUACCAACCAACAGCACCUUACAGUUAGCAGCCAAUUUGACAGCCAGAAAAUGCAGCUGAAACGCUGGGGAUUUUUAGCACAAAAUAAGUGUAGUAAAGCACACAAAUGAUUGGACAAUGCAUAUUCACCAUCCCUACAAACCUCUGAGGUUUAAUGUGGGUCAGAGUUUCCCAGCUAGGUUCUUGUCUCGUUGACCUGUGACUUUUCACCAAUCGGGUGUAGGAAUGGAUUGCACUUCAGGAAGUUGGCCCAGUGGCCAUAGGCAAGGUCUUGUAUACGGAGGGCAGUGCGUGUUGAAGUUCCCUUGCAUCACAUUGAUGAAGAAGCCUCAAUCACAGAAAUUACUAAAGAAUCCUUACCUAUAUGUGAGGCACAUCCACAUGCAGGACGCUGUUAUGGUUUUUAAAAACCUUGAAAGCCAUUGAGAAUAAUUGAAGAACUAUAAAAAUGCUAAAACAAUUUUAGUUUGUUCUCCCUUUAGAGUUUGAUAUUAACACACGGUGAUGGGGGUAAAACUAAUAAUUGUACAGACAAUAACUAUGCAACACAAAUAAACAAUCUUUUGACAUUUUCAUUAACAUGGGUAAAGAACAUAAAUUUAUCACAGAAAUAUCAAUAGAUAACAUGACAUAAUAUGAUGAAUUAUUGAAAGAAAUUGCAUUGUGUAAAAAUAAUGGCCUUGCGUAGCUUUAAAAAUUACUUGUAAAUGCCCAUUUGACACUUGUUGAAUGGGAAAGAUAGAUCAGCCAUGAUUGAAUGGUGGAAUAGACUUGAUGGGACGAAUGGCCUAAUUCUGCUCCAGGAACUAAUGAACUGUAUUAAUUCUGAUUUUCAGCACAAUGUAUGUUACCGAUCUGAUGUAUUCAAAAACGCUCUGUGAUUAACAUACACUAUUCCAAAUAUUUCUCUCAUCAAUACAUAUCUGUGCCUUCUGAUUAUUCAAGAUAAAACCUCAAUAGAAAUGCAAA